AUGUCAAAUCCUGCUUCAAGUCAUCGUCCACCUGCUGUGAAUCAAAAAAGUGAGUUCAGUAUGAUUGCACCAGCCUCAAUGCAACAAACCAGCAAAGAAGUCGUUGUUCCACAUCAAGAAGAUGGCAGUUACUAUGGAAGCCGGAGAAAUUCACAGGUUCUAUAUGACAAUGAGAAAGCAACAAGCAGUAGCAGCAUAGAAGAGGUGCAGAUUGAGCAUGUACCUGAAGGGACUGCUUCACCUGGUAAAGCUCUGUUCAUGCUCUUGAAGGCAUUUGUUGGCACUGGUGUCAUCUUCUUGCCUGGGUCAUUUGUCUCGGGUGGACUUGUAUUUUCCAUCUGUCUCAUGGUGUUCAUUGCCUCCAUUUGUCUGGCGGCAUUCCAAAUCCUUGUAAAAGCGCAACAAGCCGUAGGUGGAUCUUAUGGCGAUGUGGCUAGAGCACUGUAUGGCAAUUGGCUUCGUUACAUCAUUCAGUUCUUCUUGUGUCUCUCUCAAAUGGGAUUUGUAGCUUCAUAUCUAAUUUUUAUCUCUGAGAAUAUUGGCCUUGUCGCAGACACAUUAUCAAACUGUUCAUCUGCUCUUGAACCCAAGUAUUACAUUUGGAUUGUCUUGGUUGCCAUCAUUCCAAUUACUUGGGUUAGAAAAAUCGCAAAACUUUCAUAUUUGGCUAUCAUUGCUGAUACGUUCAUCUUGUUUGGUCUUAUUUGUGUUGUUUACUAUACCUCCAGCGAAAUCAAACAUAAUGGUGGAGCCGGCCCUGGUAUUAAGCUUAUCAAUCCAUCAGACUUUGCUUUGAUGAUUGGAACUGCCGUUUUCUCAUUUGAAGGUAUCGGCAUGGUUGUUCCUAUUGUCGAAGGCAUGAAAGAACCUCAAAAGUUUGGUCGAGUCCUCAAUAUGGGCAUGGCCAUUUGUACUGCCAUCUUUAUAUUUAUUGGUACCAUUGGUUACAUUGCUUAUGGCGAGAACACUCAAGCUAGUGUAGUCGCAAACAUGCCUCGCGAGCCUCUCUCUGUCACUGUCCAGCUUUUAUACUCUAUUGCCAUGAUCCUGACCUCUCCCUUCAUGCUGUAUCCUCCCUUGACUAUCAUUGAAAGAGGCAUCUUUGGCACCCACAAGAGCGGCCGCAUUAGUUUGCGUUACAAGUGGCUCAAGAACUUGACAAGAUCAAUUAUCCCUAUUGUUUGUGCUGCUGUUAGCUUUGGCGUUGGUUCUGGUGGCCUUGAUAAAUUUGUUGCUCUCGUUGGUUCUAUUGCAUGCAUGCCUUUGUGCUUCAUCUUCCCUGGUAUGUUUCAUUACAAGGUCACCAAGAGCAAGAAGGCCAAAUUCUUUGACAUCGUCCUUGUCAUCUGGGGCUGGGGUAUCAUGAUUUAUACCAUGUAUGUCAAUAUCAACUCUUGGGUUCAUCCCUCCAGUAGCACUGCUGCUGCUGCCAAGCAAUGUAUCCCCUUGUAA